AUGCAACUUCUCCACUCUACACAAGCCCACACUGGCCCAAUAUGGUCAAUCACCACACAUGCUACCCUCCCACUCAUAGCCACUGCCUCCCAGGAUAAAACAUCCAAGAUUUACUCGUUAACAUCGCACCAUAACUUGCUUACAAUUCUUGAAAAGACUCAUACGAGAUCUGUCAGAUCGAUAGCGUUCAAACCACCAUUGGACAACUUCGACUUGCCUGUAUUGGCAGCUGGGUCAUUUGAUUCCACCAUAUCAAUUUGGGGGAUCGAUGAGCCGGAAUUUUAUGCUGACGUCGAGUCAGAGUCCGAUCAUGAAAGGAUAAUAUGUGAUCCUAACAAUGAAUGGAACUUAAUGGCGUUGAUUGAAGGUCAUGAAAAUGAAGUCAAGAGCGUAGCUUGGAAUCAUCAGGGUAACCUUCUUGCCUCGUGUUCAAGAGAUAAGACGGUGUGGAUAUGGGAAACUGAUCAAGAGACUCUUGAAGAGUUUGAAUGUAUUGCCGUGUUGAAUGAUCAUGAACAUGAUGUUAAAUACGUAUGCUGGCAUUCUACAAGAAAUAUCUUGGCUAGUUGUUCAUAUGAUGAUACUAUAAGAAUAUAUGCCGAAGAUGACGACGAUGAGUUUGCAUGCGUGGGUGUGUUGAAUGGCCACGAAGGUACUGUCUGGAGUUGUGCUUUUGAGAAUCCAGCUACUCCUACAGAUAAAAUAAGAUUAGCUUCAGUAAGUGAUGAUUUAACUGUGAGAGUCUGGGUUGGCACCGUUCCUGAACAUAGCGACAAACAAUUACCAAGUUCAAUUAGACAUAAUAAAGAGAUGGUCUGGGAACAAGAGUGUAUACUUCCACAAGCACAUGCCUUCCCUAUCUAUUCCCUCUCGUGGUCUGCCACUACAGGUAAAAUAGCUUCAUGUGGGUCUGAUGGUAAGAUUGUAGUAUAUAAGGAAGUUGACGGCACCUGGGAAGUUGAAGCUACCCAUGAAGCAAGUCAUGGUGUGAGCGAAGUCAAUUGUAUAUUAUGGGGAAAGUUAGAUGAUAAGGAGAUAUUAAUCACCGGUGGAGAUGACGGAUGCGUAAAUUAUUGGCAAGUAUAG